AUUUUUCCUUUAACUUUUUUCCUUUCCCAUAAAGCAUCAACCUUUCUCUCUCUCUCUCUCUCUUCUCCCACCGCAUUUUUCACUUUCACUUUCACACACACACACAAUUUGGCUUUAUUUGUGCUUUCCUUGUCUUUUGAUUAACUCUCUCUCUCUCCACUGGGAAGAAGAGAAUAGACCAACCCCCACCCCCUCUCUCUCUCUCUGUCACAUAGAAUAUAGUAUUAGUACAUAUACUAAGUAGUAUUUAUCUAUUUGAGCAUUUUCUUUGCAAUUUAUAUUACCAAAUCUGUGAAUUGUCAGCUUCUGUUCAAGCAUUUUUUUGUGCGUCGUUGGUUGAUAUACAAAUUUGUACAUAACUACAUUUUGAGUACUCCACUGUAUAUGUGUUAGUGUGUGUGUGUGUGAAGGAAAAAGAGCAGAAAGGAGGGAGAAAGAUUGUUGUGUAGCAAAGUAUAAUUUGCUGAAAUUGUGAAGUUAGAAAGUAAAACAAAGCAAAAAAAAAAAAAUUAAAUAGAUAUAAUGGGGUCAGAGCAGAAUAGAUUUCCGCAGCAGCAAGGACCGCCACUUCCUUCUCGGCGUAAACGAUGGGGAGGAUGUUUGGGAGGAUUGUCUUGUUUCGGAAGACAAAAAGGUGGAAAGCGUAUAGUACCUUCAUCUCGUAUUCCCGAGGCCAAUUCACUACCAAAUCAGCAGAAUGUACCCCAAGCUGGUGGGUUGAAUAAUCAGACUGCAGCUCUUUUAGCUCCACCAUCGUCACCAGCAUCCUUUUCGAAUUCAGCGCUCCCUUCAACAGCUCAAUCACCAAGCUGUUUUUUAUCUAGUAAUUCGCCAGGUGGUCCUUCAAAUGCUAUGUUUGCUACUGGUCCAUAUGCUCAUGAGACACAGUUGGUAUCCCCUCCUGUAUUCUCAAACUUCACCACUGAGCCAUCUACUGCUCCUUUCACACCUCCGCCUGAGUUGGCCCACCUGACUACCCCCUCUUCCCCAGAUGUGCCUUUCGCUCGGUUCCUCUCCUCUUCAGUGAAUGUUAAAGCCACAGACAAGACCAACUACAUUGGUGCUAAUGAUCUUCAAGCUACCUACUCUCUCUAUCCAGGAAGUCCUGCUAGUACUCUCAGAUCCCCUGUUUCAAGGGUGUCAGGUGAUUGCCUGUCAUCGUCUUAUGCUGAAAGGGAACUUCCUCAGUUGGAUCCUUCUAUUCCUUCAUCCGAGGCCAAGCAUCCAGGCCCUGAUUCAAGCACCUCAAAGUUGUCUCAAGAUUCAAAUUUCUUCUGUCCAGCUACAUUUGCCCAAUUUUACAUCGACCAUUCUUUAUUUCCUCAUUCUGGUGGAAGGCUGAGCGUUUCCAAAGAAUCUGAUGCUUAUUCAAAUAACGGGAAUGGCCACCAGAGUAGGCAGAACAAACCCUGUAAACAAGAUGCAGAGGAAGUAGAAGCUUACAGAGCAUCGUUUGGAUUCAGUGCUGAUGAGAUUGUUACUACAACACAGUAUGUGGAGAUUUCUGAUGUUGCAUUAGAUGAUCCAUUUAGCAUGAUCCCUUUUACUAUGUCAACAGCUGAGGGAACAAAAGGAGGGAAUAUCUCUAAUAUGGCAUCUCCUCAGCACUGCAAAUCAGGGAUAAAUCAUUUCGAAGGAGCAGGCAAUUGCGUUAAAGAUCAUAUGUCACCAAAGCAAUCUGUAGAUGUUUUUAAGCAAGUUGAACCUGCUAAGCAUGCUAUGAGUGACGAUGAAGGCAUCUUCUCCAAAAUGGGAACUUUAAGACUCAGUCGGAAAUAUGACCCUGGUUUAUCAAGCUCUGAUGCGGAGAUAGACUACAGGAGAGGAAGAAGCUUGAGAGAGAGAAAAGGCAAUAUUGCAUGGUAGCACUACUCUUUAGAAUCUUAUAGUCCUAUUUGCUAAAUUGCAUGGUUUUCUUCUUUUGCUUUUGUUGAGGGUCUUUCACAGGUGAUCUAACCUCAGUCGCAGAAAUCCCCUACGUCCUCGUGUGUUCCGCUGUUUUGCUGAAGAAUGUAUUGUCUAUAUUAUAAGGUCCUCCUAAGUUAUGUAUGUCAAAAGUCCUAGCUAUAUAUUUUCAGCUAUUAACGUCGUUAGGAGUGGAAAUGGAUCCUAGAACCUUUUGUACAGUGGCUUGUGUAUGCUUGCUUCAAAAUGCUUUAGGCUUGAAGUCCUUGGAGAUGUACUUUUUAAAGUAUGCAUUUCAACCAGGUAUAUUGCUUUCAAGACAAUGUUUUUGAUGAUUUGGCUCAUAGACACCAUUUAUUGGAUGAGAAUCCACAAUUAUUUCACGGUACCAAA